AUGAUUACUUUCAUCCUGACCCCAGCAUCCGGAAAACAUCAGAUGAAUGGAUUCCUUCCAAUUCAACCCUCCGUGCGUCUCCCACCAAUCAUCAGACCAAAGUUCUCCCCGGAGCCUCUUUACAUCAUCGAAUCUAAUGUUGCAGACAUUAAUAACUUCAAAAAGAUUUUAACGUUGACAUUUAUCCCAUGUCCAGUUACUUUUCGUCCCAAUAUGACAGCUGAGACAAAUCUGAACCUGAUCAGGGCUCCCGGUAUCAUGAGAUCUUCAGUCAUCGCCGCAUUAUGCGCAGCACCAUUAGCUUUGGCCGGCAAUCUUCAGCGUGACUUGGUUGGACGCGGAGUGAUUACGCCAGAGUUCAUCGAUAAAUCAUCGGAGCUUGUUGUCAAGGAGAAGGACAUUAAAAUUGUGCAAGCUAAGGGCGAGGACAUCAUCAUCAUCUGGACGAAUAAUGGUGGUGGAGCUGCCACUCAAACCUUAACGGAUACUAAAACCGUUACUCAAGGAGCGGGUGCGGCAACACAUACUGUCACAGUUGGUGGUGCGGCUGGUACUGUCUAUACGCCGGACACAGUUUCCGCUGCCAUUGGAGAUAUGGUUGUUUUCAAUUUUGAAGCUAAAAACCACUCCCUCACACAAUCGGGUUUUGCAACACCGUGUGAAAAGUUGGCUGAUGGAAUGGAUACUGGGUUUGUUCCUAACGUGGACAAUACCAUCAAUCCUCCUCCAUCGAUGGCUAUGCAAGUCAUGACAGAUACUCCUCAAUGGUUUUACUGCCGUCAAACUGGUCAUUGCGGUUUAGGGAUGGUUUUCAGUAUUAAUCCUACUGCCAACAAAAGCCAAGCCAUGUUCAAAGCUAUGGCUGUUGCACAAAAUGGUACAGGAACCCUGAGUGCAAUUCAAGGAGGAACUCCUUCCAGUGGUGCUAGCGCUGAAGCAGCCUCAAGUGCUGUAGCAUCACCAGCAUCACCAGCUGCUGCAGUGACAACAGUAGCUUCUGGGACUGGAACAACAGGUGCUGAUGGAACAUGCUCUUGUAGUUGUUUAUGUGGACAGGCUGCUUUUCCCGAUGCUGCUGUACAGGGUGUAGGAAUGUUUGGUGGAAUUUCUGGUUCCAUGCCAAUGUCUUUACUCGAGAAAUAA